ACUAAAAAUUUAAAAAAUAUUAAUUAACUGGCGGAGGCGACAGGCAAAGUUUCCACAAAAAUUGACUAACAACGGUUCGGUAUCAAAAAUGAGCUCGACUCUUUCCUAAAAAGCCGCGCGAAAUCUUAAGCACAAGCCAACGGAAAAUGGGCGACACAUUGGAUGAGACGCCGCCGUCGCGACGCGGUAAGCCGCAAUCCUUGAACAUUAGUCCGGAGGAGACGUCUGAAGCUGCAGUUGAAGGUGCAAGCUAUGCAGCCAGCGGCUCCUCCACGCGCUCUACACGCUCGCGAACGGGCAACGAACCGGUACGGGAACGCGAUCAGUCCUGUGAUAGGCUGAGCUCUAAAGGCAAUCGGAAUGAAGAGUUGGUUGGCCUGGCGACACCACCACGGCGAGAGAGUCUCAACAGCUGCGACCAGCAGCAGCAACAGGCAAGCAGUCCCGGCGGGGGCUUGCACAAGGCGCUGGGUCUGAGCAGUCGCUCCACAGCUGCCGGAAACAAUCCGCGGUACUCGUCCAGCGUUGUGGUUGGUGGCGGAGUUGGCAAUCUAUCCGGCACCACAACGCGCAAGUGCGUCCUGACGCUGGACGGGUACUCCUAUGUCAUAGUUGCCAGCACGCCGGAGACUCUGCCAAGUAAACGUGAGGAGGCCAACGCCGGCGCAGGUGGCAGCAACAGCAGUGCGGGCAGCAGUGGCAGCAGCGGUAUUGGAGCUGCGGCAAGCGGUGCUGGUGGUGCAGCAUCAACGUCAGGCGGUGCCACUGAGCCAAAUAACGGCGCACAGAGCCCCACAAUCUGUGAGCUGAGCAGCAGCGGCGGCGCCAAUGCGACAAUAAAUGGUCAAGUGGCAAAACACGGCUCACUUACUAUUGUACGGCGCUCGAAUAGUCGCAAGAGCUUCUCACAGGCCGACGCACAAUCUCAAUCGAUCGCCUCGCCCUCGGCGGCCAGCAUUAGCUUCUUCCAGACACCACUUAGUGAGCCGCUCGCCGAGCGCCUUAGUGCUAGGGGCAGCAACGGAAGCGCAUCCUCUACGGCCGCUGACAAACGCGCGGUAGAUAGUCGCACUGAGAGCACGUCGAGGGGUCCGAACUCUGCCGGCAAAAUGCAGCCCUCGUCGCCAAAUCAAACGAAUUUCGUAACCGAUACGCCGCACAUACCGUCGGUAACCGAGCGACCCACCUACGAUCUCAGGAUAAGUCGCGAUACCAUCGAUUAUCAAAAUUCCAUUAGCGGUCCAGUUGGUUCAAUAUUCAAUCCACUUGUCGAUCAAUCGUCGCAGCGAUCGUUAGAAUCGGGCUCAAAUAUUUCGGUCGCCGAUGCAUGGGAAACGGAAACUUUGCCGCCUGUCGAUACGCCAGAUGCUCUCAACAAGGCAGCUGUCAGAAUACGCAGUCUGCUGCGACGCAUGGAUCAUGAGGCUGUCGCCUACGAGGAUAUGCAGCGCAAUCUGCACUAUGCGGCGCGUGUCCUGGAAGCAGUUUUCAUAGACGAGUCAAGAAGCCCCACGUCAGGUAAAAGUAAAUUGGGGCGGAUUGCGUCUUCAUCCGUUGAGAGCGAAGACGAUGCUGCCAGCAAGCGCUGCGAUGGCAACUGCAAGAAUCUCAACAACAACAACAAAAACAGUAGCUGCAGCCUGCACUCAGCGGCGGCGGAGGAGACAACGCCAUCGGCAACUGACUCCGAAAAUCAGACGAGUAUCGAGAGCCGCACAAAUGACGUUCCCCUUACUCCGAAAAGUGGACUAAUAGGGCCGCCGGCAGCCUCUGACACUCAGGACUUGGUGGUAGGCAAAACACUUGAAACUGUCGCCGAAUCCGUGCAAGAGGAGCAAACGCCAGCGGCCACAGCAACAACAGCGACGACAACAAUGACGACGACGACGACAACAACAACAACAACUACAACAACAGAACCAAGCGAUGCAACAAGCGGCGCUGCCGCGGGUCAAAGUGUUUCCAGCAGUAGCAGUUGCAGUAAUAAAGCGACCGUUCAGCGACAAAGACGCCUGCGCACACCAGUCUGGGCGAGAUCAAUGUCGACGAAUAAAACGCGCCUGGCCGACGAGGAUGAUGAACUGUCCGAGGUGCAGCCGGAUGCAGUGCCGCCGGAGGUGCGCGAAUGGUUGGCCUCGACCUUCACGCGCCAAAUGGCCACCACUCGCAACAGGAGUGACGAGAAGCCCAGAUUCCGUUCGGUCGCCCAUGCCAUACGCGCCGGCAUCUUCGUGGACCGCAUCUACAGGCGUGUAUCCAGCUCGACGCUGAUGCAGUUUCCACCCGAUGUCGUCAAAUUGCUAAAGAACCUUGACGACUGGACAUUUGAUGUGUUUGCAUUGACCGAGGCGGCCAGCGGUCAGGUGAUUAAGUACGUAGCCUAUGAUCUGCUCAAUCGAUAUGGCGCCAUGCACAAGUUUAAGAUAGCCCCAGGCGUUUUGGAGACGUUUCUGCAUCGUGUGGAGGAGGGCUACUGUCGCUUCCGCAAUCCAUAUCACAACAAUCUUCAUGCGGUGGAUGUGAUGCACACGAUGCACUAUUGCCUGUGCAACACGGGUCUCAUGAACUGGCUAACGGACCUGGAGAUCUUCGCUUCGCUGCUGGCGGCCCUGCUGCACGACUUUGAGCACACGGGCACCACCAACAAUUUCCACGUUAUGUCCGGCUCGGAGACGGCGCUGCUCUACAAUGAUCGGGCCGUGCUGGAGAAUCACCAUGUUAGCGCCAGCUUUCGGCUAAUGAGGGAGGACGACGCCAAUAUACUGUCGCACUUGUCGCGCGAGGAGUAUAAGGAGCUGCGCACCCUCAUCAUUGAUAUGGUGCUGGCCACCGACAUGACCUAUCACUUUCAGCAGUUGAAGAUUAUGCGCAAUCUGCUGACAUUGCAGGAGCCGACCAUAGACAAAUCGAAGGCGCUGUCCUUGGUCCUGCACUGCUGUGAUAUCUCCCAUCCAGCGAAACAUUGGGAUGUCCACCAUCGCUGGACGAUGCUGCUGCUGGAGGAGUUCUUUCGCCAGGGCGAUCUCGAGAAGGAGCUGGGCCUACCAUUCAGUCCGCUAUGUGAUCGCAAGAAUACGCUCGUGGCCGAAUCUCAAAUCGGCUUCAUCGAUUUCAUUGUGGAACCCAGCAUGACCAUCAUGUCCGAUAUGCUCGAGCAUAUUCUAACGCCCAUUGCCCCAGCGAUUAAAAGCAAGCCAGGACCCUUGGUCGAGGAGAGCGCCACUGGCGUUGAUAUUGAUUCCGAUGAGACGAAAAAACCAAAUGCAUGCGUCAUGACGCGCAAAAGCCUAGCUUCCAGUACAGCCAAGUUCUCAAUUAACAAGCCCUGGCUCGCCUGUCUCUCCGAAAAUAAAAAGAUCUGGAAGGAGCAAGCCAUCAAAGAUGCCGAGGCACGUGCGCUGGUCGCCGCUGCCGAAGCUGCAGCCGAAGCCGAGGAUAACCCCGCUGCGGAAACGGAGGCCGGGGAAGAGAAGGAAGCGGCGGCAGAUAGCGCUGCUGCCAACUAAAUGUCCUUGAGAUGCGUCUAAAUAAGUAACCCCUAAGCGAUAUGCAAUAGAUAAGAGAUAAGAGAUAACAGAUACUUAGAUACAAUCUCUGCACAGAUAAUAAUACCAACAACAAUAACAACUAAGUAGCAACUAUAUAACUACAUACAUAAUUUGAAAAUUGUAUAAAAUAUGUUGAUUAAUCAAUAUUGAUAUAAAUAACAAAAUAUCGGCUAUAUGUGCAGUUUCUUAGCGCACUUUUUUUAUGUUAGUAAUUGAUCAAUCAAAAAUCAAAUAAUAUCACAUAAAAGGAAAAAUAAGUAAAUUUAUGAAUGUACUAUUUGAUAUAUAGUGUAUUAUUUGUUGCAACUAGUUUGUUAAAAAUGCUAAGCAAAUUUGAAAGCAUAAACAAAUAUUAGCGUAAAGCACGAAUCGAAAGCGUUUUAACAUUUUGGUCACAAUUUUGUAAAUAGCUGGCAUUUGUAGGAGAUUAUUUCGUUUUUAUCGGUAACAACAACAACAAUUAAUAAGCAUUUACUUAGCUUAGUUCAUAGAUUGAAAAAUAUUUACUUAUACUGCUUUAGAGCAAACUCUAUUCUUAUCCAUUACUUAUUUUAUAUAUUUUUCUUAAGUUUUCAACAAGUUUGGAAUUUAUUAUAUAAUUAUUUGUUAUGACAUUUCUGUAUGCAAAUUAUUUGAUUAAAACUUUAUUUUUUAUAACUUUUCGGUUUUUUCGUUUGUGAAUACUAAACUUUGCUCAAUUUUGGAGUUACGAAUGGAAGCGAGGACGCUAAGGGCUGCCUAGAUGUUAAGUACCUAAACUAAAAAAUACCUGACAAAUUAACUAGCUAUACAACUUGUGUUAAUAUCUAAAAGACCUCUAACAGACUAUCUAAACCAAAA